AUGUCCGCCCUCAAUACCCCUACCAUCCCACCAAUCCAGAGGCAAACAUCUGUUUCCCGCGUCCCCAUCCCCCCAAAUGGCGUCGACUACCGCAACAAAAUUGUACUCGCCCCAAUGGUGCGCUCCGGCGAGCUACCAUCUCGACUCCUAGCCCUUCGAUACGGCGCAGAUCUCGUCUGGGGUCCCGAAACAAUCGAUCGCUCCUUAAUCGGCUGUAACAGACGCAUAAACCCCCGCAACGGCACUAUCGAAUUCACCCGAACCCCCUCAAACGGCGGGCGCCCAGACCCCGAAACAAAAGAAUCAGUCCUAUACCGCAUCGACCCGGUCCGCGAAAAGGGCCGCCUCAUUUUCCAAAUGGGUACCGCUGAUCCUAAACUCGCCGUUGAAGCCGCCCGCAUGGUAGCAGCUGAUGUCUCCGGCAUCGACGUGAACUCCGGCUGCCCAAAACCAUUCAGUACAAGUGGUGGAAUGGGCGCAGCACUUCUCCGCACACCAGACAAACUCGUCUCAAUUCUCGAAGCACUAGUUAAAGAAGUGGGCAAGCCUUUCCAAAUCGGUAUCUCGGUUAAAAUUCGCAUUCUGGCCAAACCGGAGGAAACACAUGCUCUUGUUUCUCGACUUGUGCGGACUGGUAUCACCGGCUUAACAGUUCAUUGUCGUACAACUCCUAUGCGACCCCGUGAGCGUGCGAUAAGAGACCAGCUCCGUAUGGUCGCGGAGUUAUGUCAUGAGGCUGGAAUCCCAUGCGUCAUGAACGGAGACGUAACCAGUCGCGACCAGGGACUCGAGCUGAUGAAGGAAUUCGGCGUAGACGGCGCCAUGAUAGCUACGUCUGCCGAGGCCAAUUCGUCCUGUUUCCGCUCUGAAGCGGAAGGUGGUCUUUUGCCGUGGCGGGAUGUUGUGUAUGAGUACAUGAAGUAUUGUAUUGAGGGCGAGAACCGCUUUGGAAAUACCAAGUACUUGCUUAACAUGCUUAUUCCAGGAAAGAACAAGGAGUUCAAGACUGCGAAGAUGGCCAAGACGUACGUUGAUACGUGUCGGGCGUUGAAAUUUGAUGAUCUCAUUCCUUCGGCUGUGUCUGUUGACGAGGUCCUUGGAUUGUCGGCGAAGUGGGAGGAGACUCCGGCGCAGGACGAAAGGGUUCGUUCUCCGGCGGUUCAGAACGCGAUGGAGAAUAAUGAGACUGCUCGUGCGGCUGGUGGUGCUGGUGCUAGAUCGAAGUCUAUCUCUACACCGCGCGCUGGUGGUCCGAUUCGCACCCUUGGUAUCCCAGAGCCAUCUAAGAUGAACCUCGGCUCCGGUGAGGAUAUUGUCGAUGCCUCUCUUCCUGCGACAGAGGUUGCUCAGAAGACGGAAGUAGCGGCAUGA